AACCAGGUAAAUCAUCUCAAAUCAUCGUGCAAGAGCUCGUAAACCAAGAAACGUUACUAUUUUUUAUACCUUCAAAAGAGAAUGUAUCUAUUAGUGAGUGGUAUAAAUCUUGGUAGGGGAAGAAGAGAUAUUAGAAAGAUAUAUUAACAAAGAGUAACCUAAUCAGAGAGAGAGAGCGAGAGAGACAGCGAACGAGUUAGGGAUGAGUCAUACAGCGGCUACUAAUUAUUUCAUGAUGGGGAUGAACAGCUUAAUCAAAACAAAAUCCUUUAAAAAAUUCCCAAUUUAACUAAUAUAAAUGAGAGUAGUAAAAAAAGGGGGGGAAAAGAAAGGUGCAAUCACUGGACACGAAAUGCUUGCAUUCUGCAGCUUAACUUUACUGUCGAUGUAUGCUAAUUGCGCACGUAGUAGUUAGUUUGUAAGGAUCGUGUAAUAGUGCUGCGUUGCCAUUGCCCGCUACUGUACUGCACACGUACGGCUUCUUGGGCGGCUAGCCAACACUAAACGGGGAGCAAACGAAGCAAACGCAAUACAAAAACAAACGAAAACUGUGCACGAAUGCUGUACUGUCCUCUAAACGGUGGAGACAAAAAUGGAAACAACAAAUAGAGCUACUAUUUAUUGGUAAAACAUGUCAAACGCAUUCGCAUUCGAAAGCGUGUUUCGAAAAAUGUAAAACAAAAACUAAGGAAAGAAAGCAUUGUUCUGUAAGUUAUGAAGCUGUUUCACUAUUCCACUGACACGCUGUUCAGAUGCCGCAACAUGUGAUUGUAUCAUGAUUCCUUUUCUUCACCAUGCUUUCUUGUCUCCAACUGAUUCGGGGACGAAGCGGUGACUGUUGUUUGAUCAUUACGUUUUCGACAGCCAUGCGGCAUGUGUUAAACAGUUAAACAGGGUAAAAAUUAUUUAGUCAUCUUCAAGGGUAAUCGAAAGCGAAGCGUGGAACAGUCGGCGACACCCUUUCCACAUGGCCCUUUAUGUGUAAGUUUUAUUAUUAGAUAGUGACAGAGAGGCACGUCCAAAACUCUUGAUUCUUAUGGCUUUCAAGGACUGUGUCCAUGGUAAGAACAAACUGGUUUGGUUGCGUACAUCGUUUUUGAUCUUUUGGUAUAUUCUCUACACAAACUACGCAGGCAAUUUAACCUAACAAUCUUGUAAAUUCAUAUUAUUCAUCAUUAACUUUCCAAAGUUUCGAAAUAGGACUGCUGCUGGUAUCACGAGCCUUCCCUCACUCUAGUCUUAAUUUAGACGGCUAAAUAUAGUGAGUAUAAUGAAUCAUCAUGUCCUAAAAAAAACCCGAAUUUUACCGAAUCAUCGGGUGAUCGCUGACUCAAUUCACUGGCGAUGAUUGUAAAAUCAAAAAUUACGUACAAAUCUCCAACGACCCUCUCGCGUCCCGCCCAACAUUUGCCGGAUUUAGUUGAUCGAGCAUCUCUGAUCCAGCCUUCCCAUGCCCGGCACAUGCCUUGUGAUAGUGUUAAUUGGUGAUCUUCUUUGGCUGAAGGCGACUUCUUCCGAUCGCUCAACGCGUAGUAUAAAUUACAUUGCUUUGUUUCAGUUCGGGCAUCAGUUUGAGGCAGGUGAAGCUUGCGAGCGGACGGACAGAGCUAAUCGUGACCGCGUGUUAAGAACAGAACGGUUGGGUUGAUUUUUGAGUUUAACAUAACAGUGAUACAAAGCGCAAAGUGACGAACAUGAAGUCCAAUCAAAUGCUGGUAUCAUCGUCGGUCGUGAUCUGCCUUGGCCUGUUACUGUGCACCAUGCAUGCAGGUGUGGAAAGUGCACCAAUCGUAGCAGGCGACGACGUCCCGCUGCACGUGCUUCCUUUGGCGCAAGAACACGUGGGCGAUGAUUCCUUGCUGCGCUCGUUUGAUGCACUCGCUGCUGCUGCUGCUGCUGCUGCGCCCCACAGUCGAAGCAAGCGUGAAAUAAUCUUCCGCCCCCUGUUCGUGUACCGUCAGCAGCAGAUUAAAAGGCAGAAACAUCACACCACCACCACCAUAGCGCCGUACAACUUUGUCAACGAUUAUGAUACGUACGAUGAUGCUUAUCAAAGUUAUCCCCAAUAUCCUUCCGUGUAGUAGAUUUGCAUGGUGCAGCUAUUGCAAUGUUUUGCAGUAUUGCAUUUACUUACAUGCUCUCCAUGCGUGCAGUCGUAGCAAAAACAUCGAACCGCACCAUCCAGCACUGCGCACCGAUGGGUGGCUCUCACGGGUUCGAACUCUGCUCCCGACCGGGGAGAUAAUUAAUGUUGUGAUAAAUGUUUGUUAAUUAGGGGAAAAAAACUGAAACAGGUUGCUAUUUAUACUUACGUACAAUAAUAUACACAAUGCGAAGGGAUUUGGAGGUGCGCUGUAGAGACAAACACAACUGUGCCUAAUAUACGCUGUAUUUAGUAUGUAUUGAUUAGUUCGGAUGUGCUAAUAAAAAUGAUUUUACAUCUUUCCUUACCAAAUAUAAGCUUUUGGAUGGUCUGUUCUGUUGCUGCUGCCAAACAUGGGCAAAUUAGAAUUCGGGAUUCUGAAUGCUCCACUCCUGUUAAUUGUACGAUUUAGCAUGCGGACCAGAUGGAGGAGCAAUCGCUUCAUUCUUCUGAGGAGCGCUUUGAUGAGCCAGAUAUUUUGGUUGCCCACAGAUGUGCUUGAUGAAUUGCUACCAAAAUAGCGCCACGAAUUCACAAUCGCUGUGGAGCAAUUGUAACUGCUGUCUCACAGAGUGUUGUAAAUUAGUGGCACCCCGUUACUCUGCCACACUGUUCAAGUUCAUCGUCCAGUUUUAGGUCAACGGGUGCGGAGAUACGGGUGUGAAAUGAGAUCGACACCGGGAGGAAAAGGUUCACACGUUCGCUUUCUCUGGUGUGUUUUCUGGGGUUUCUAUCCUUGCCCGGAUUCAGUUCCGUUCGACUCUGUUCCUGUUUCUCUGUUAUACAUUAAAGGGGGCCGAGUUCUUCUUGUAUUCCAUAGGCUUCCUUCUAACCGAUGUUUCUAUUGAAAUGCAAUGCACCGUCCAAUUCGCAACCUUGCAUUAUGAGUAACCAGAAUGGCAUCUCAUCAGGCCAAUUCCGCGUAAAAGUUGCAUAGAAAAACCAUGUUUUUGCGCUCACGACUCUUCGUUUCUCGUCCGGUUCGGAAUAGUUAGCACCCGUUUCCUGCCGGGAGUUGCUGCUCGUUUCCUGCUCCGGAAGGUGCUAAUGAGCUCCAUCAACAGCUGCUACAAAACCCCUACCUGCCCCUGCCCAGUAUAAGAACCGAACUCAACGGGCACUCAACUGCGCUGCACAGCGGAGUGGAAUAGAAAACGAUCAAAACUAGGUGCAGCUGUUGAGUUUCAGGGACAGUUUAGAACAUGGCGUCCGAGUGGAGAUAUCGUGGGUUGAGCGCGGAACCGUUUGUACUUACCGUGCUGUGCUGGUGGGUCACUUUCCAGUGGCGAUUGUGUCUAGCAGUGCCGGAACCAUUCUUUCAUCAACCUGGCUAUUACUACGCUUCGAAUUCAUUGAUACGCCCCGCAGCAAACGGUUACGGUUACUAUGAGCAACCGAGUGCGUUCUCUUCACCAGCUGCUGCCGAGUCACAAAAUGUAGCAGUUUACAGUGGCCAUCCUAACUAUUACGGUAUGCCCGGGUAUGAAGAUCGUCGGUCGGUGGGUUCGAGGAGAAACAGCUGGAACGAUCCUUACCUGCAAUGGAAGUGGAACAACUACUACAACCGAUACUACUAUCCUACCGUCAGUGGUGCCGCCGAAUGGAAGGAUCGACAUGAUGGUGUACAAUAUUACAACAGCAAAAGACGGCAAGACUCGCCUCAGCCGGUGGAAAGUACGCCGGAACCGGCCACGACCCGACGUCCAAGGAAGAAAAAGCUAUUUGUGCCGAAUGUAUGGGGCUAGGGAGGCUUUUUUGUACUGAUGAUCUAAUUUAAAUGACGAUUUUACGAUGUGCCCGGGUAGAGCGGUCAGUUACGAUGCAUUUAUACACUGGACUGAUCAAGUAUAUGAGACGUUUGCAUACUUUUAAGUUAAUAAAGAUGAUUUUGUACGUAAAUUGAACAAAUAGGCAAAAAUAUUUAA